GGGAAGCUCCUUGAAGGCAGAGAGGAGGUGGGGUGGGAUAAAGGAGUCACGAAGAUCGGAGUAGGCCGAGGUGGAUGUCUCUCGCUGUCGGAGCGCUCCCUCCCACGAAAAAAGCAUCGGGAAUCGGUGGUUUAGGCAGCUGUUCUCCUCUCCUGUUCCCCUUUUCCUCUUCUCCGUGUAAAAGCAUUUUAAGGCGGGAUUUUGAAAUGUGCCUCCGUUCGAGUGAUUUCUAAGAGAUUGGUUAAAAUCUACUCGAGCGAAGGAAAGAUAGUUGUGGGAGAGUUUUAGGCGAUCUCGGGCAGAAGAACCAGAGCCGUAUCGAAAUAGAUCAGCGGAAGAAGACGAAGGAAAGCAAGGCUUUUAUGUUUUUCAAAAAAGGAGAGAUUUUGGGGACUCCAAGCUCGUCCCCUACUAGAAAGAAGAACAAUAACAGAGGAGUUCUGCAAAUCUCUCUUCCGCGACUCCAAGAGCCACCUGUCUCAGGAGAAACGGACCCGCGAACAGGGGAAGCCGAGGAGGGCGUCCUCGAAAUCUCGGGAGGAACAGAACCGAGGAGGAGGACUCUAGCUAACGGAAACGGGUGUCAGGGAGUUCCGGUGGCGCGCCCCAGCGUCGCUACCCGGGCCAAGCUCGAGACCAGCGACGAGUCGGUCGGUGGCAUGCUCUCCCAUUUACUACAAAACAUCCUUUCGUCUCUAAAUCCAGCUAGAAUCGGAAAGGCGGCGCCUCUGCGGGGAAGAAGAGUUACGAAGACGGCGAAGAAGGGGAAGGCAAGCCAGGGGAGAUGGAAUCCGGGCCGAAUUUGGGGGCUCGCGAUGGUCGCGUCCCUGGCUCUGAACCUGACCCUGGUGGUCGUCCUCGUGGUGUUUGUAUAUAAGGACCACGGUGGAGGGCUGGGGACUUGCGCAGCCGGAGCGGCGAAGGAGUCGACGAUGGCCGCGGCGGCGCGGCCGAUGGUGCGGUAUAAGGAAGAUAUGCCCGCGGGGCAGGAUAUCGCCGUCAGCGCGACCAGCGGCACGCGCCCCGUCUCCAAGGACUCCGUCAUUAAUCUCGACCAUGGAGACCCGACCAUGUUUGAGUCAUUUUGGAGGUGGAUGGGGGACCGAGGUAGCAUUGUGAUUCCGGCAUGGCAAACCAUGAGCUACUUCUCAGAUGUGACCAACGUAUGCUGGUUUCUCGAGCCUGAGUUCGGCCAAGAGGUCCGGCGCCUCCACAACCUCAUAGGCAAUGCUGUGACCGAGGACCGGUACAUUGUUGUCGGUACCGGCUCGACCCAGCUCUUCCAGGCUGCACUUUAUGCUCUCUCUCCCUCCAACGCCUUCGAGCCUAUCAACGUUGUUUCUGCCGCCCCUUAUUACUCGUCCUACCCAGCAGUGACAGGCUACCUUCGGUCAGGUCUUUUCCGGUGGGCUGGGGAUGCAUACACGUACAAGGGUGACAAAUACAUUGAGCUGGUCUGUUCCCCCAACAACCCUGAUGGCUCAAUCAGGGAGGCCGUGCUAAACUCUGAGGCCGGAAAGACAAUCCAUGACUUGGCCUACUACUGGCCUCAAUACACUCCCAUCAGCAGUCCAGCAGAUCAUGAUAUUAUGCUGUUCACCGUCUCAAAAAGCACUGGCCAUGCUGGAACCCGACUUGGGUGGGCUAUAGUGAAGGAUAAAGAUGUUGCCAAGAAGAUGGUGAAGUUCAUAGAGCUGAAUACUAUUGGAGUGUCCAAGGACUCGCAACUCCGAGCAGCAAAGAUUCUUAAAGUGGUCUCAGAUGGUUAUGAGCUCCCUAACACUGAGAACACUAGCAAGCUCUUUGACUAUGGCCGACGUCUCAUGACCAUGCGGUGGGAGAAGUUGCGGGAAGCUGUUAAAGCCUCAGGCAUCUUCAGCCUACCUGAGUUUCCCUCUAGCACCUGCAGGUUCACUGGAGAGAGGACUGGAACCAACCCUGCUUUUGCAUGGCUAAAAUGCGAAAAGGAGGGGAUAGAGGACUGCGAGAGCUUUCUAAGGAGCUAUGGAAUGCUUACUAGAAGUGGUAGGCACUUCGGAGUGGAACCCAACUAUGUGCGGGUUAGCAUGCUGGAUCGGGACGAGACCUUCGAACUUUUCGUUGAACGGCUGUCGUCCGUUAACUGAGGCAUCUCCUUUUUGUUUGCCUAUCAGAAAAAUUGUAACAGGCGUUAGGAUCCAUUUUUUGUAUUGCUCCUUUCUUUUCCCCCUUGGGCUUUAGCCUUGUUAAAGACAGAUAAGUUGUCAUUUACAAUGUAAAAGUGUUUCUGUUUGGUUACUUUUCUGAUUAAGAAUCAACGAUCAACCAUCUAGUCUCA